AUGAGAUCUGUAGAUGCCGGUAGCCUUAUUACCUCCCAAAAACUACUAUCUAUCGGCACUGCGGAUUAUUCAUGCGUGCGAUACCCGCCCGAGUCCGGAUUGCAAGGGCAGAGCCACGAUCAGACUCCGAAUCGAAGCAACGAGAAGAACCACAAUGCGGCAGAGCGCAUCUCUGCUGCAUCACCAUCGCCCUUCAAUCUGGAUUCGAUAGCCCUUCUCACUUCGUUUUUCACUGGGUCGAACACGACUACCCGUGAAUCUAGAAAAGAUAGACAACUUCAUUGUGCAUUCUGGCCUUUGCGAUUUUACGAUCUGCGACAGUUAUUUACGGGCACUGUUUCCUCUUCGCCUUUGCCUCUAUUUCCUUAUAAUAUGUCUGUUCGCGGCAAACCAAUCAUUCCCGCCCCUCCUCGUGUGAUAUCACCGAGCCCCACGCCCUCCGAAACCCAAGGCGAUUCUCAGGAUGCAUACCUCGGUCCAGUCACGCGCUCGGCUGCUAGGCGUCAACAAUCUAGCAACGUAAUACCUCCACAACCCCUCCACGAGAGUAUCGAUGAAGAUUCAGAUCCGGAGCUCCGGAGGGCACGGACGAGAUCACGAAGCCCCAUAAAGACCCGCAAAGUUAGUGGCCUCACUUCCACUAAAUCCGGCCGUGCUUCCAAACCAAAACCAAAAGACAAUGAAGAAGUUAAGGUCAAGGAAGAGAAGGCUUCUAAUGGACAUUUGGCACUACCAGCACCUACAUCGUAUGGCUGGGAUUGGCGCGAUUUCAGUCGAAGUCCAAGUCCGCUCGGUCUGAUACCCAUACAUCGACAUUUCAAGAUAUUUAUUCACAAGCAUGAAGUUCCAAGGAAGGUAUUACACGUAUCGAUAGGAUUCCUUGUAUACUGGCUCUAUGUCAGUGGCACCCAAACUUCUGCAGUCACUCCCUUUCUAAUGGGAGCUCUUAUCCCUAUUGCCACUACGGAUUAUCUGCGUCAGAAGAACGAGUCAUUGAACCGAUUCUAUGUUAGAUGUCUAGGCGCGUUGAUGCGCGAAUCCGAGUAUAAAGGUUGGAACGGUGUCGUUUUUUACCUGCUUGGCGCUUGGAUUGUCCUUUAUUUCUUCCCGAAAGAUGUGGCAGUAGUAUCUGUAAUGCUAUUAAGCUGGUGUGACACCGCCGCGAGCACCUUCGGUCGAUUAUACGGAAGAUAUACGCCAAGAAUCCGACGAGGCAAGUCCCUAGCUGGAUCUCUAGCUGCUUUUCUUGUUGGAGUGGCUACAGCUGGAUGGUUCUGGGGUUGGCUCGCACCAAGAACUGGUCCGUUCCCCGGGGAUGAAGCACACCCUUUUAUGUUCAAGGGUAUAUUGCGACUCCCAGCGUUUAUUUCUAAUGCGCUCGGUUAUUCCGAGUCUGAAAGCGUUAUUGGUGGGCCUGUUGCGCUUGGAUUGUUAAGCCUAUGGUCGGGCUUAACGGCGGCGGGUAGCGAGGUGAUUGACCUCUUCGGUUGGGACGAUAAUCUUACAAUUCCCGUGCUCAGUGGUAUCGGGAUCUGGGGGUUCCUCAAGAUUUUCGGAUAA